AUGGCUGCCACUAAUUCAAAGGCAGUAGAGGCUCCUCAGCAGUUUAAACAGCCUUCCAGGAAAGGUAAGAAGGCCUGGCGCAAAAACGUUGAUGUCACCCAAGUCCAGGAAGGUCUUCGAGUAGUUCGUGAAGAAGAAAUCAAAGGUGGUGUCGUUGCAGAAAAGCCAUCGCAUGAACUCUUUACUCUCGACACAACAGGCGACCAAGAAUUGGCGAAAGCACAUCGAAAGGGACGCAAGCCUCUCAAAUCCGACGAAAUCCUCGCACAGCGUUCGGCAAUCCCAGCGGUAGAUAGUCGCAAACGACCAAAUUCUAAAGUCACAGACGGUAUAAUCGAACCAAAGACGAAGAAACAGAAAAACGAUUGGGUCAGCAAUAAAGAAUGGUCUAGGCUGAAACGGGUUGCUCAAGAGAACAAACCAGCUGCAAAAUCAGAGGACGGUGUGAGCUAUGAUCCUUGGGCUGAUUCAGUGGAGACUGCCGACGAUAAAUUCGAAUAUGUGCCAAAGAAGAAAGAGAAACUUGCUCCUGUAACAUUGAAAGAAGAGCCAAUUUCUCUUGCCGCAAACGGGAAGCCCGUUCCCUCAGUGAAGACACCUACUGGUGGUGUCAGCUACAACCCAUCCUUCGAGGAAUGGGAUGGCCUUCUCGUCAAGGAAGGAAAUAAGGAAAUUGAAGCCGAAAAGAAACGAAUUGAGGAGGCAAAGAAGGAAGCUGAACGACAACGCUUGAUUGAAGAAGCUCAGAAUGACGACGGCGAGGUUAGGUCAGACGAUGAGAGUGCCUGGGAAGGAUUUGAAAGCGAAUAUGAAAAGCCAGAAUGGUUGAAUAAGAAGAGACCCGAGCGGAAAACGCAAGCUCAACGAAACAAAAUUAAACGCCGCAAGGAAGCAGAAAGAAAGGCCAAGUGGGAGGCAAAGAUGAAACAACGAGAGGAGCAAGCAAAGAGUAUUGAGAGCAUUACCGAAAGCUUGGAAGAUGAAGAGGCCCUUCGCAAACAACUACAGCAAGACAUUAGUUCUUCCGACGAGGGCGAUGAUACGGUUCUUCGCAAGAGGCCGUUGGGUAAAAAUCCUGUUCCAGAAAAGUCACUUGAAUUGGUGCUUCCUGAUGAGCUACAAGACUCAUUACGACUUUUGAAACCGGAGGGAAACCUGCUUGAUGAUCGAUUCAGAACUCUUAUCGUUCAAGGAAAGCUUGAGUCUCGUAAGCCUAUUACUCAGUCCAAGAAGCCCAAGAGAAAAGUCACCGAGAAAUGGGCUUACAAGGACUUCCAAAUUCCUGGACUGUGA